UCGUGUGCCGUCCCGAUUUAUGCAGUGUGGUGAGCGAAGAGGUUGGUGAGUUAUUCGGACAUGCUGCUGGUGUGCUGCUAGCAGUGCUUCACUUGGUGUAGUGUAUAUGUACAAUGGUGUGUGCAUGUACGUCGCUGUAUGUAUGUCUGUAUUUACAUGUCCGGUGGAGUAUGUAUGUACACUAUUGUAUGUAUGUGCGGUGCAGUAUGUAUGUACAAUAUUGUAUGUAUGUACGAGGCUGUAUGUUAUUGUAUCGUAGCGGAUAUGCUACGUUACAAAUGCAUAAAAAAUCUUUUCACCAAUCGAUAUCGAUAGUAAUAAAAAAUGUUUCUAUGUACUCCUUAUGGCAGUAGCACUCCCCCUUCAUAUACAUAUGUAUGUAUUUGGAAAUUUUAGUGGACUUUAGACCGUCGAUCAUUUUUCCUAAAUUAUUAUUUUUGAUUAUUUGCGAACAGGCUGAAAGUGGCAAAAACAGGAGAAAGAGAUGUUUGUUGCUCGACCAGGCUUCUACUAGUAAGAGAUCAAAAACAAGUAACGAGCCAUCUUCAACCGGUUUAACAACGAGUGGCAAUUCUGCAGAAGCCGUGGAUAUCGCCACUUUAAGCAAUACAAUAUUUAAAUACUUUAAAGUUAUUAAGCAUUUGAACAAAACUGACUUUCACCGCAAAAGAAAUGGGGUGGUAGCUGAAUGCCGCAUAUGUAAAAAGCAGCUGCAAGGUUCGACGCAAAUAACUUCGAACUUCAUUCGUCACUUACGAUUAAAACAUGUAGAAGUUUUAAAAGAAUAUAAAGAAACAAAAUUAGAGACACCACAAGCAAACGGCAGCAAACAAGAUGUUUUCAAUAAAUUAACUAUUUCCUAUAUUGCGGAUCUUAUGUUACCAGUAUCUGCUGUGGAGAAAAAAUCUUUUAAGAAGUUGAUUGUGUGCAAAUCCAAAAUUAAAAUUAAUGAGUAGACCAACAGCAACAUCAUUAGUAAAUACCACAUACACAUCCAUGAUUGACAAGUCAAAAAUGGAAUUGGGUGAUUGUGAAUUUGUUUGCACUACAGCAAAUGUGUGGUCAACUAAGCACAGAAGUUUUUUUGGCUAUACAUGUCAUUGGCUAGAUGACUCUCUCCAAAGAAAAUCUAUUGCUUUGGCAUGUAAGAGAUUUUUCGGAUCACACACAUUCGACCGUAUACAUGAUGCAAUAAUUGAAAUUCAUACUACUUACGGUCUCACACUAAAUAAAAUUGUUGCAACCGUUACUGAUAAUGGGUCAAAUUUCGUCAAAGCA